CCUCUCUGAGAAGAAAAGCCCUUUUCCCACCAUCACUGCUAUUCCUUCCUGUUUGGAUGCUCAUGAAAGAUCCUGAUUCUUGGAGCUGUGGCAGCCAUCUUGGGAACAUGAGACCUGAAAACAAGCCAACUGCUUCUGUUUGAAAUGCAUUCAGCUGCAGGGAGCAGAAACAUGACUUCAGGGGCUCAUACAAAUCAGAGCUGCUUUUCCUGGCAUAACAAGAAGACUGGGAAGUAGUGUUGCUGGUAACUGUUCAGUGGCUCAACUGUGCUGGCAGGACUCAGACAUGGGGCUCACUUCCACCCAGUCGGUGAAUUUGAAGUCUGUCCACUCUGUUUAAUACUUCUGCUGAAGGCGAAUUCUAUGUAAAGCCCUGAGCCAGGAUCAGCUCCUGAUACUGGGAGAGGCACAGAGCACUCGAGCUAUUUCAGCUACAUGAAAAGCAUCGGAAUUGAGAUCACAGCUCAGAGGACACCAGGCAUCCCUUCCACCCUCCAAGGAGCUUUGUAUUAUUGCACCUGGCUGCCUGGAACUUUCCUCAGGCAGUAAACAGAUACAUAAAGCAGGGAUAAGACUGCGUGAAUAUGUCGAAACAGCCAGUUUCCAAUGUCAGAGCCAUCCAGGCAAAUAUCAAUAUUCCAAUGGGAGCCUUUCGGCCAGGAGCUGGGCAACCCCCCCGAAAAAAAGAAUGUACUCCUGAAACAGAGGAGGCUAAUCCUCCUACCUCGGAUGAGGAGAAGAAGCCAAUUCCAGGAGCGAAGAAACUUCCAGGACCUGCGGUCAACCUAUCAGAGAUCCAGAAUAUUAAAAGCGAGCUGAAAUAUGUCCCCAAAGCUGAACAGUAGAUGGAAGAAAAAAGGUGAGUGAAAAA